AUGGGGUCGAAGAAAUGUUGGCUCGUCAUUUGGGUGACGUUCUUUCUAUCUUCUGUAUCAAGAUUUUUCGCUCAACCCACGAACAACAGCAGCUUUGAUCCUGAUUCUUUAGAUGAUAUCUUUCGCUGCUACGCGUUCGAUGAAGUGUCGAGGCCUCGUACAGGUAUUCUUUAUAACGUUUCUCUGCCGGCUAAUUUUUCCGGGAUGGAACUUUCGUUUGUUCGACUUAGGACUAGGAAGUUUUGGCUGAACGGAGCCAAUUUGAGCUAUUUUCGCAUUCCGUCAGGCAAUUUGCCGGUGCCUUUUGUCAUGAGAUUUUAUUUGGUGUACCAAAAUUUAGGCAAUUGGUCAAAUGUUUAUUAUAAGGUGCCAAACUAUACAUUCAUCGCCCCUGUUGUUGGCCUCGUGCUGUACAAUGCUUCACAUUCAAGCCCAAUCAGGCUUGAUGUCGGUGUCAAUAGGGACCCCAUUUUGGUCCAAUUUCCGUGGAUUUCUUUUCCGGAGAAAAAGAAUGUCACAUUGCAAUGUGCUAGAUUCGACGCGAAUGGAUCAGUUGAAUUGACCGAAAUGACGUUGCCGAACGCGUGUGUUGCUAGGAACGCCGGGCAUUUUACGAUUGUGGCGCCACCAUCGCCACCGCGGCUGCCGCCGCUGCCGCCACCUUCACCGGUUAAGAGGAAGAAAGAUGGGAUUUGGAAGUUGUGGGUGUUGGGAUUUGGAUUGGGGAUUUUGGGGAUGAUUAUGGUGGCAUUGUUGGGUUUUUUGACGUAUAAGAUUGUGAAGAGGAGUAGAAUGGGGAAGAUGGAGAGACAGUCGGAAAGAAACGAGGCUUUGGAAACGACAUGGAUUGGGAGGAGUAAAAUGCCUUCAGCAACAGGGAUUAGAACUCAACCAACCAUUGAGAAUGAAUAUGUUCCUUAG